AUGGCUUCUUCAUUCAAGCUUCAAGGGAACUUCAACCAUUUUGACCUUGAACAACAAAGAGCGGCGGACCCUCUUGGAGAGCGGCGGACGCGGAUCUCCCUUAGCGGCGGACGCGGGAGCUCCAAGGAGCAGAGCUUCAACACUUUCUUCACUUACAAGGAGCUCGGAGGAAGCCCUUCUUCAGAUCAGCGCCUUGGGAAUGGCGCACGCGGAUCAGCGCCUUGGGAACGGCGCUCGCGGAUCAGCGCCUUGGGAACGGCGCACGCGGAUCAGCGCCUUGGGAACGGCGCACGCGGAUCAGCGCCUUGGGAACGGCGCACGCGGAUCAGCGCCUUGGGAACGGCGCACGCGGAUCAGCGCCUUGGGAACGGCGCACGCGGAUCAGCGCCUUGGGAACGGCGCACGCGGAUCAGCGCCUUGGGAACGGCGCACGCGGGUCAGCGCCUUGGGAGCGGUGCACGCGGAUUAGCGCCUGAAUGUUCAAAUGACGCUGCUGGAGUUGAAGGGAAGCAAGCCCCUUCAAUCCGCCAUCCUCAGGUACUCCAAGCGAAAGUUCAAAUGACGCUGCUGGAGUUGAAGGGAAGCAGGCCCUUUCCAUCCGCCAUCCUCAAGUACUCCAAGCCAAGCGAAAGCUCAAAGGAAGGAAGUGACGCUGCUGGAGUUGAAGUGACGCUGCUGGAGUUGAAGGGAAGCAGGCCCUUUCCAUCCGCCAUCCUCAAGUACUCCAAGCCAAGCGAAAGCUCAAAGGAAGGAAGUGACGCUGCUGGAAGGUGGAAGGAUCUGAACGGCGGUGCAACGUACGAAGAUAAGGAGCUGCUUGGAAGGCUGCUGGGAGGAGCUGCUGCGACUGCACUGCACGGCGCUGCAACUUUCAAGCAGAGACCCACAAAAAAAAAAACGGAUUCCGCCGCGCAAUGGGGGCUGCCUGGGUGCCUCGACCAGGAGGGGGCUGAGCUGUGGCUGAGACGUGGCCAAGGCUUGAUGGGGCCUUGGAGUGGCAAGCAUGAGACAGACAUGCAGCAGCGCUUUCCCACACUGGGGAGGGUGUGGGGGGCAGAGUUUGGAUACCCGUUCCAGUGGUGCUGUGAUGAGCAACCGGGCCGGAACGCUUUAGAGCCUGACGGUGUGCAGACGGCCGGCCGGCGGGCUGUACAUUGGAGGGAGGUUCAGGCCUCUAGAGCGUUCUGGGCACCCGGAUGGCCAGGUAGCAUCACUGCUGGAAUGGGUUACAAUCUCUUCAAGUCAGUAUCACACCGGGGCGGGUGUGGAGGACUUGAGCACUAA